CAACCGGAUACCCCCAUGUGCUUUUCUCUUCCCCCACUCUCUAUUUAUAGCUCAAUUUUGAUAGGCUCUCUCACACAUGUCUUGUUCUUGUUAAGUUAAAUGCUACAAUUUUUCAAUAUUGUUGACAUGGGAAACUGUUUGAGGAACAACAAAAUAUCAUCACAAAAUCAUGAGAACUAUGAUGAUGCCCUAGUAAUUGAUGCCAAGGUUGAUAAGGUAAAGGCACUUUCAUUGUCCAAGUUGGAAGAAACACCAAGGAUGGAACAAAGCAUCAAGAAGAAGGUGAGGUUCAAGACGCAAAAUUAUGAUAGUGCUUAUGAAGGUGAGAGAGGAAGUGAUGGCAAUUCUAGAAGUGUGAGGAUUAGAGUGGUGAUGACUCAAGAAGAGUUGAAAAGGAUGUUGAGGUUCAAGGAUGAACACACUUCAUUGGAGCAAUUAUUACAUGCUGUGAAGUUGAGAGGAGGAAGAGUUUCAGAUGUUGGUGAAUUUGAUGAUGAGGGAGUGAAUUCUUGGAAGCCAUCUUUAGACAGUAUUCCAGAGGAUCAGUAGCUUGAUAAAUUUAUAAAGUAGCAUUUUUGUUAGCAAUCCACUGUUAACUAUGACACUUUGUUUUAUUUGAUGUAUUGAACUCCACAUCAAUGAUGUAGUUACAAUGUUACUUGAGAAUAUAAAUCUGAUGUUUACAAGCUUGUGAAUU